CGCUGCCAUAGUACGUACGAGCUGAAACGCUGGCAACGUUGGGAUGAAACACACAACACGCCCACUCCUAAACUGCUUAUAUUUAUUUGAAACAAGGUCGCCAUUAGCUGGUUUAACGCCGGGCUGAGACACGCAGUCGUCGUCGGGCUUGUUCGGAGUUUGGUGUGUUGCCGCGGGAGUCCCAACAUUGCCAAUAUAGCUAAUAUUGCUAUUGUUGAUGCUAGCAAUAGCGGCUGGUGCACUCUCCUCAUCAGCGCAUGCAGCACAAUGGCGCCAGCGGCUCCAGCAUGUGUGAUGGCGGCGGCGGCGGCAGGGAGCGACUGUCCCCCUCCAGGAGUUCCCUGCCCGCCGCCACUUCUCGGGUGAGACGCUUCAUCCAGGAGCGGCGGACGCUGCCGCUGCCCAGAGUGAUGGUGGUGUUUUCGGCCGCGGGUGACUCGGAGAAGCCGAGCGAUGCCACGGAGGCGGGCUCGCAGGGGACGGACGACGACGACUUCCGGAAGCCGGCGGCGAGCCACGCCUGGAGCAAGCCCGCCCUCUCCCCGCCUGAGGCCGGACAGGAGCAGGAGUUCCCAGAGGUAAUCUCUCUGAACGUGGGCGGCACCUACUUCACCACCCGCCUGUCCACGCUGCGCCGCUACGACGACACCAUGCUGGCGGCCAUGUUCAGCGGGCGCCAUCAUAUCCCGCGUGACGCAGAGGGCCGCUUCUUCAUCGAUCGGGACGGCGCAUACUUUGGACAAUCUGGAGCGCAUCGUGGAGAUCGCCAAGCUGAGGGCCAUGCAGAAGAAAGCGCGCUUCGCCAAGCUGAAGGUGUGCGUCUACAAGGAGGAGAUGCCCAUCACGCCGUACGAGCGGCCGCUCUUCAACUCGCUGCGCUUCGAGCGCUCGGACGGCGAGGCCAAGCUCUUCGAGCACCACUGCGAGGUGGACGUGUCCUUCGGGCCCUGGGAGGCGGUGGCCGACGUCUACGACCUGCUGCACUGCAUCGUGGGCGACCUGGCCGAGCGCGGCAUCGCCGCCGAGCAGCAGUGCAUCGGCGUGUGCGACAAGCACCUCAUCAACCACUACUACUGCAAGAGACCCAUCUACGAGUUCAAGAUCACCUGGUGGUGACGCCGCACUGUUUCACCUUCAAAGUUGCCUAUCUCCAACUGUCACCUGCUUUUCUUGUCAUUCCAGCACGGCCUUUAUUACCUCAUCUGUUGUCCUCAAUACACUGCUGCUGGAGCCUAUCCCAGCUGACUCUGAGGACAAGAGGCGGGGUUACACUCUGAACUGAUGGCUAGUCAGCACAACACACACACUCUUAUAUAUAUUUUAUAUAUGUAUAAAUCUAUAUAUGUAUACAUCUAUUUAUACAUAUGUAUGUGUAUAUAUACAUGUAUGUAUGUAUAUAUCAGGGGUGUCCAAACUUUUUCCAGCGAGGGCCAAAUAAAUGUGGCACAUUUUGUACAUUAAAACCUCUAAAGGCCUUAAUGGCCACAUGUGUGGACAGCACCUUUUAGCUCCUAUUUCCAAAAUUGGGUACACUACUGAAUCGGGGUCUUAUGCCGACAUAUAGACACUUAUACUGCUAUCUGGUGGUGUAAGAAGAGUAUAACAUACAAUGGAAUUUGGAAAAUAAAAAUUUGCAUGUCAUGACACAUGAAGUACACGUUUGUGUACUUAUGGACUAAGUACCGUAUUUUUCGGAGUAUAAGCCGCACCGGCCAAAAAUGCAUAAUAAAGAAGGAAAAAAACAUAGAAGUCGCACUGGAGUAUAAGUCGCAUUUUUUGGGGAAAUGUAUUUGAUAAAACCCAACACCAAGAAUAGACAUUUGAAAGGCAAUUUAAAAUAAAUAAAGAAUAGUGAACAACAGGCUGAAUAAGUGUACGUUAUAUGAGGCAUAAAUAACCAACUGAGAACGUGCCUGGUAUGUUAACGUAACAUAUUAUGGUAAGAGUCAUUCAAAUAACUAUAACAUAUAGAACAUGCUAUACGUUUACCAAACAAUCUGUCACUCCUAAUCGCUAAAUCCCAUGAAAUCUUAUACGUCUAGUCCAGGGGUCUGCAACCUUUACCACUCAAAGAGCCAUUUUGGCAAGUUUCACAAAUUAAAGAAAGUAAUGGGAGCCACAAAAAAAAAAUUUAAAUUUAAAAUGAAAAACUCCGCAUACAAAGCUUAAAUGCUGUGUGCUAUGUUAACCAGGGGUCUCCGACACACGCAUCGGCAUGCACUUUAAUGUGGAAAUUUGAUGUUAGUGCAGCCCGCGAGUUUUGCGCUUGAUAGCGUCAUACUUGCCAACCCUCUCAUUUUUCCCGGGAGACUCCCGGAUAUCAGAGCGUGAUGAAACUGCAUUUGGCGCCCUCUACAGUCUGCCCUAACAGUGUACCUGCUCGACUACACGUACAAUGCAAUUUCAGCUUGUUCACGUAAGCGACAGCAAGGCGUACUAA